AUGAGCAAUAGAUUAGUAGCUAUUGGGUAAAACUCUUUGAUUCCAAUUAAAGCAACUGGAAAAUUGGGCGAUGAGUUUUUUGAUAGACCAGAAUAUGAGCCAAAUUAAAUGGAGUUACUCAAAAAGAAGGAGAGGCACCAAGAAUUGAGAGAUAAGGGAUAUUUAGUUAAAGAUAAAGUGAAUGAAGAUGUUCCUGAUGAUAUACCAUUUUAUGAGAUUUUUGAUCCUCCAAAUGAAAACUACAGAAAGAUCUUUUACCCACAAGAUCUAAAAUCAUAAGUAGCUUACUAUUAUCAUUCUCCCCAUUUUGAGAAUAACGAACAAUUUUUGGUUGAUUAGGAAGAUAUAGAGUAAGCAGAAUAGGCAAUUAAGUUCUAAGAAGAAGCGAAUAGAAGAAAAGAGUCAAAGCUGCAAAGAUUGAAUCAACAAUUUAAAAAAUAGAAAGAAUUAGAAGCAGAAAUUGAAAGGAGAUAGAGACAAGAUCAAGCUAUUGAGAAUGUAAAGAGGGAGAGAAUUUUAAGUAAGCAACCAAUUUCAUCACCUUCAAAAAAUCAGCCUUAGAAGGUCAGUCCUCAUUUACCAUUUAAAAAUUAUGGUUUGGCAAUAGUAGGACCAAAGGGCAAGAUGUCAAUGUAAAAGGAUAAUAAAAUUAACAAACCCAAUAAGAUCGUUUAAAAACAGCAGUAAAAAACAGAGGAAGAUAAUGAAAAUUAAAAGAAAAAAACUGUAACGUUUGCUGAAGAAGACGAGGUGAAAUACAUACCUAAAAAUUGGAAAUCUUAAUCUGAGGAGUUUAGGGAAUAAAUCAAGCAAAAUAAAAAAGGCAAGAAGUUAAAAUGA